GGCGCCGCGUCUAACAAUAUGGCCUUUUGUUAUCCAAGCUAAUAAUUUAAAUUGCCAUGGCGCAGUUCAAACUCCCGUUUACAUGGCUGAUGAUUUUGCAAACGACAAAGCUUUAAUCGAGAAGGGGCUUUACAGUUACUACAACUCUUGAAAACUCGAUCGAAACCUUUCAAAGGUUAAAAUAUUUUUGUAUCUUCGCUGUUAGCAAUUGACACUAUCGGGCUGUGACAGGAUGACAAUAAUUCCGAUGAAACCAAACACGUUCUCAUUGGAGGAAGUUUCAUACCACAACGACGCGUCUUCCUGUUGGAUUGUAAUUCAGGAUAAAGUAUAUGAUUUGACUAACUUUUUGUACGAGCAUCCUGGAGGACUUGAAAUAAUAUUGGAACAUGCAGGUAUGGAUGCAACCACCGUAUUCCACGACAUAGGUCACUCGACGGAAGCCAAAAAGAUUCUCUCGAAAUACUUUAUUGGAGAGCUUAGAGAGACCGACAGAAUCUACAAUGACAAGCCCAAGCCUUAACGGACAAACAAAGUUAAAACGUCGGUUCGAGAUGACUGAAAUUCCGAUGCAGG